CCUGCCGGUCUCGUCAACCCCAAACCUUUCCACGAAUAAACUGCCACCAAACGCCGUUUUCCCCCCUUCAACAAUAGACUCUUUGCAAUACUGACAUUAGAACAAUGUCCGAUACCGCUUCCACAACAUCGGAAGGCGUCUGGCCACUCAGCUCCCACGAAAAUGACGCCAAAUCGAAGUACGGAGAAACCAACGAGCGAGACGUCGUUGGGUAUGGAGCCAACCCCGUCAAUCCGCACUGGCCAAAAGCCGCAAAGGUUGCCCUAAAUUUCGUCAUCAAUUACGAAGAAGGGGGCGAGAUGUGCACCCUCCACGGGGAUGGAGCAAGCGAACACCUCUUGUCGGACAACGGGCCUAAUACCCAGCCAUACGGUAAGGAUAGUUCGACUUGUUUGCGUUUUGCCAUUCAUGUCUUUUCUUUUUCCGGCUACUUGCCAAACUGUGAGCUUCACUUAUGAUUCCGUUUUUGAACGUUGGUGCUUGGAUUUCAUCAUCGAUUCUUUUUGCUGUAACCUGUUGCGAAAAUUAUGACCGUACCGAAACCAAACCAUACGAAUAUGACAAAUUCGAUCUCAAUACCGAUUGACUACAAUUGCGAUCAUGGAUUCUAAAUUAAUGGGAAAUGCCGAAUGCGACAAUAUUGAAAACAUGCAUGAAACACAGCCGACCAGCGCCACCUGAACGUCGAAAGCAUGUACGAAUACGGAUCCCGCUGUGGAUUCUGGAGGCUCCAUCGCUUGUUUACCAGCCGAAAGAUUCCCGUUACGGUAUGGGCGGUCGGCAUGGCUCUCGAACGCAACAUGGAAGUCGUCGGUGCCAUCAAACAGCAGGAGGACUGGGAGGUUUCUAGCCACGGAUACCGCUGGUGGGACUACAAAGACGUCGACGAAGCCCUCGAAAAGGAACACAUCGAGCGGGCAGUGAAAAUCCACAAGACCCUCUUCGGAAAACGUCCGGUCGGACUGUACCAGGGAAAACCCAGCACGAACACACGGCGCUUGGUCGUCGAGGAGGGAGGAUUUUUGUACGAUUCUGAUGCCUACAACGAUGACCUUCCCUAUUGGAACUUUGACUACAGCAACGAGGAAGAGCCGCACUUGGUGAUCCCCUACACGUUGGUCGAGAACGACAUGCUCUUUACGGCUCCCAAUGGCUGGUCUACGCCCGAUGAUUUUGUGAAGCAUUUGAAGAGAACACUUGAGUGAGUGCCAAAAUGAAAGAACAAACAAUAAUCUGGUUGUUCUUCUUCUUUGUUACGAGUUCGAUUUGAUGAUCGAUUCUUUCUGCGCUGUCUUCUCGUUGUUUUCUAAACUCAUUCCUUGCGUUCUGUCUUUUGGCAACAUUAUGAUCAUUGUACCAACCCGUGCUCCCAAACAACUGAAACGCGCAGCUAUUUGGUCAUGGAGGGAAAACAGGGCCAGCCCAAGAUGAUGACGGUGGGCUUGCACUGCCGCCUGUCGCGACCCGCCCGCGUCGCAGCCCUGGCGGAGUUCGUCGACUACGCCAAAUCGUAUGGCAAGGACGUGUGGAUCACCACCCGGGAGAGCAUUGCGAACCACUGGUACGACAACCACCUUCCGAGAGGAUGCGGGAACCCCAUUCUGUCGGUCGGGGAUAGAAGGGCCAAAAAGACCGCAAAGGCGUCGUCAAAGCGCUAUUCGUUUUUGGGCAACCUCACGGUGCCACGGGAUUCCGAAGAAUACAGACAAUCGCUUCAGGUGAAGAAGAGUGAUUCGGAAGAAGUAGUCGAUGUAAUUUGAAAGGAUGAUCAUUAGCAGAAACAACCUCAACAGAAAAAAACCUAAGAAAGGGAUUGCGAUAACAUUUGAAAAAUUGUAAAAAGAGUUACAUACGUGAAUUCGAUCGACAAGAUUUUCAUCAUGAGUGAAUGUUUUCAAUCUAUUGGAUCAUUUGGUAGGAUUGUUUUGAUAAUAUGCGAAACCUUGUACUACGGCGCAAAUGAAAGGUAUCUUUCUGCUUCAUAUUCAACCGAAGUGAGUUCUAUUUCUCCUUCGCCAACGAUAGUGAUAUGCCAAAUAUGUGACUGAUUCCAAACGGCCCCGAGCUUCAGUUUCAUCCAGGCGCCCGAAUCAUGCUGACAUCUCUCAAUUCGCUUGCCAUUCACACACCACGUCGCCCCGCAGUUUUCUGAACGUAUAACUGACCCCUUGGGAUUCCCGAUCACUCCGCUACGAUAAUACUUAUUGUCGACUUUCGCAUGAAAAUAUUUAUCGUGUUCACUGAAAUAACAAAAACUGUUUCCCCUCUCUCCGAUCACUACCUGUUCGACUUCACCAAGUGUAAUUUCGUACGAUAUGAUUUUCUUGCUGUGGCCAUCCGACUUGACGAGAGCAGCUCCUCCACAGCAUCCGAUUUUGUUGCGACUGAUUUUUUGGUAUGGAGUAUGACCAUAAUACACUUGGAACCUUGUGGGAUAUAUACCGUGCAUCAUCCCAUAAAAUUUCAACAUGCGAUCGAAAUGUUGAUUUUGUUGUGGACCCAAAUCAGGAGAGUCGAUGGGACAUUUGUCGGUCCCAUUGGACUUGUUCCGGAGAUAGUUUAACAUUUGUUGAAACAGAAAAUAGUCUUGGUCGAGUCUGUCGGGAGGUCAUGGUCCCAAUUUCCUCCAAACAUGGUGGCCAGUUUGCUUCCUGGGACCGAUGUAAGAUUCCUACGGAACACGGUCGUUUUCGUGCCCCCGAUGUUGAGGGAAACGACAUCGUUUGGAUGUGGUGCUUGAUUGGUGUUUGCUGACAUGUUUCUGUUUUCGAAUGCAUUUUCUGAGCGAAGGAAGCAAUGAAUCGUACGACCGAGCAAUCGUCCCGGUUUGCUCACACCAUCUAUCGCUGUUUGCUGCUGAGUUGCAUAAACUGAAGGGGUCUUCUAUUCUUGGCAAACCCAGAUUCACCGUCCAGGAUCUUCGCAAAUGGUUAUCCUGCUUGCACCCAGGACCGGGACGUCAUGACAUGCACGGUAUGCUUCUGUCGUAUUACGACCGAGUUCGACGGAGCGCAUGGGCAUGUUGUUCCGUACGAAGGUUCCACUAAAAACCUGAAAAAAACGUUUUUUAAUCUUUUGGGUGGAGGAAUGUGAAUGCACAAUAUCAUCAUUGAAUACCUAGUACGCACGCUAGCGAGCAAGGUUUGUAGUGAUGGCGAUAUCAUCGGACAGAAUUCGAAAAAUUGUAGCUAGAGUGAUGUGGUGAGUUCAAAGCAAAAGAGAUUUCAUCUUUAAAUAAAUACUUUUAUAAGUG